AUGGGGAUUGGCGAGUUGGCCUCGGCGUCAAAGGCGUCGCCAAAGGAGUCUUCAGCACCAGUGAACUUUAUUCACACCGAUCUGAUGAUUUGGAAUGGCGCUAUUCAGUAAUCGACUGCUCACGAUGUUUAUUUCUGUUGUCUGAUUGUUGUUCAGGAGAAGACUCCGGCGAGAAGCUCUAGCUCCGCCGCUUCUUUUGUUUCUACAGGUGUUGCUUAUCCUGAAUGGAGUGGCUUUCAGGUAAAUUGACUGGGAAAUAUAAUCUGGCGUCGAGCGAUCCAGGAGUAGCAGCAGAGCACAUGCUGUUCUCAAGACCGAAGUUCCUUCAAAUUUUGACUUAUAGAACUAUCAUUUGAUAGGGAUAUUCCCCGGUCCCUCCUCAGGGUUUCUUCCCUCCUGUGGCGUCAAGUCCCCAAGGACAUCCUUACGUGUGGGGAGCACAGGUACCACUUUUGUAACUUCAUUUCGCCCCAAAUCAGACGAAACAAUUUUCAAAAAAAAAAGAAAAAAAAAGAAAAAGAAAAAAAGAAGAACCAUUAACAACUAUCGUUUUAAUUUUUUUCAUAUUUACCUGAAGACAUAUCAAUAUCCAGUCUACCUGUGAGUUCCUUGAUUAAAUUCAGUUAGGUUCUCAGAAAUACUUUUUGUACAUAUUUGCGCAAUUAUUUUUGAAUAUCAGAGUACAGAUAAAUCCACGCCAUGGAAAUCCUUGUUUUCCUCUCGAUGAGCUCAGUUUGAUCAUGAAUUCAUUAAAUUUUUGGUUGUCUGCUGAAUGCAUGUAUCAUCAUCCAAGUUCGGAGUUUCGUGGGAAGGAGAUUGAUGUAGUCACUGAAGAGCAUUAGUGAUAAAUCCAUCCUCCUUGGUGCAAGCAGCCGUCUUCUCCUCUGUCUAGGGUUUUACUGCACGAAAUUAUUCAUAUUAAGCCUAAAGUACUCUCUACACACUCUACUGUUGAUCUGGCUGAUCUGGACUGAUGACCUUUUUUCGGCAUUGAUCAUGUAUAAAACACAAUCUGAUGUGAGUCAUUGAAUAUCUUCGUAUUAAAUGGCACUUUUGGUUGUAGAAUCCUUUUAGCUUGCCAAGGUAAUGAUACGAAGAAUUCUGAGGUCACAUGGGUAAGGGAUAAGUGUUAUUACUUUUAUUCCGUGACUGAGGUGAAGUAGACAAAGACCAAUAGAAACGGGGACGGCAGCAUUUCUUGUCACUCAUCAGUUGAUUUCAUCUGGCUUUUCAAUAGAAUCUGAACAUGCAUUCUUGUGGGUGCCUAUUAGGAUGAUACUCGGAUCAACUUUCUAUUACAUCUUAAUUUGGCACGCAGAGAUCAGUAAGAAAGCCAUAAAAAAUAUUUCUAUAAUCCCUUUCAGGACCUACAUAUUUUUAGUUCCUCUAUUGUGGUUGGCACAUAUGAGAAUUGGAAGUUGCUUUCCUCAGUAACUGUUUGAACAUCUUUUUCAGUUAUGCUCUGCUAGAAAACAAUGUUGCAGUGCUAACAUGGAUAAGAAUAUUAAUUUUCUUUGCAGCCUGUUAUGUCUCCAUAUGGAACACCAUCGCCGCCCUUCUUUAUGUAUCCACAUGGAGGGGUGUAUGCUCAUCCAUCUAUGCCACCGGUAAUUCUCUGGCAAACAUGCUUCUGCUUCUGUUUCGUAAUUCAUAUUUUUAACCUUAUUGUUAGUAGUCCACCUUGUUGGAUACGUUUAAUUGGUGGUGCCAUUGAAUUAUUUUGACACCAGGGUUCCCAUCCAUAUAGUCCAUAUGCUAUCCCUUCCGAAAAUGGCAAUCCAGACGCUCCUGUAAGUUUCUUUGUCUUGUCCAUGAUUUUUAUAUUUUUUUUAUUGUGUAUUGAUUUUUAUGAAUGGAUAUAAAUUACAUUUUAGGGAGCUGCAUCAGUUGUAGAGGGCAAACCAGCUGAAGGUAAGGAAAGAAGUAACUUGAGUCAAUCAAAAGAAAGUGUAGGCAAUUUGAAUGUCAUCACCGGAAAUAACAGCAAUGAAAUGAGUAAAACAUCCGGAACAUCAGCCAAUGGAGCCUUUUCUCAAAAGUAUGAGGAUAUGUUGGAUGAUUACCACUGUGAAUUCUUUCAUCCUCGCACUAUGUGUGCCUUAUGUUCUGAGAUAUGUCAUAUAUUUUGUAGAGGAACUUGCAGUGAUGAAAUUGGUAAUGAAGGCUCAAGUGAAGGAAGUGAUGCUAACUCUCAAAACGUGAGUAACACGUCUCUUAUGCUUUUACUUUGUCUAUCUUGAUUUCUGUCUUUAAUACCCUUUUAGAAGUGAUGACAAACGAAUAAUGUGAAUUGGUACAUGGUGGCUGUGAUGCAGCCGCUGAACAUGAUCCUGGAUCAUCAUUCCAUGUGGUCAAUAAAGUUACACGUGGUGGUGUAGAUGUAGAUGCUUGCUUUUGAAUUGAUUAUUGAUCUUUGGAUCCUUUAUGCUUUUGAGAGCUAGGAUCAACUUUUUCUGAAACUACAUUUAAACUGCCCAAGUAUGACCACCAGAAAGCCUGAAAGAAGUCGGAAAGCUCAUGUACCAUUACCUUCAUGAAAGACUUAUUGAAUCCUUUGAUUAGCCACACGAAUGAAAUGAGUGUCCUGUUCAACUCUCUCUGUAAUUCACUUUUUGGAGUCUUUACCAUAGUUAAUAUUAUUUAUGAAAACCUGAUCCUCCCUUACUGAAAAAUUAAGGGUCACGGUCAGCAACGACUUAAAUGCUCUUUUGAAUGCUGGUAUGAUUGCAAUACCGUGGUGCUCAUGCCGCUUUUAUUUUGAGAUUGUGGCCCUUUGUGAUAUUGUCCGACAAAGUUCUCUUUUUGCAUGCUUUCUAGGUUCUAUACUUCAGGUUUGAUUUUUUUCAUCUUUAUUUCUAAAAAAACUUAUGGUCAAAUUAAAAGUCUCCUCUUUUGAUUUGAGUUCUCUUAUUGAUUCAUUAGGAGAUGAAAGCUAAGGUUUUUGGGCUUUCCAGCCUUUUAAUGAAUCUCGUUUAUCAAUAAGUCGAUCCAUACUCCAAUUUAAUGCCUAUGCACUGCAAAUUUUUUAUCAUUUAGUUUGUUUGUUACAUUCCAUUACUCUUACCUUUGUUAACUUUGAUUCAACCAUGAUUUUGAAAUGACCAUGAUGGUAAAGACAUUAUGAGGGGCAAUGUCAAUCACAUAGAACCUCAUUCUCUCUGUCUCUCUCCCCUCAUGUGGACUGCAACUCCUUUCCUCACGCUCUCCCCCCUGUCUCCUCCUUUACCAUUCACAUUUUUUGUCUUUUCAUAAAUUUAAAUUGUGUAGGGCAGAUGCUUGCCAAAUAUUCGAUGCAUAUCUAUUAGUACUUUAACUGGGAGACGAGACAAUAAAGAUCAAGAACUUUGUAGAUUUAUAGAUCAAAUCGGAGUAUAGAGAGAGAGAGAGAGGGAGGGGGUGGGUAGAGAGAGAGAGAGAGAGAGAUGGAGAGAGGAAUGCUUUAUUGGGAUUGAAAAGCACAAAGCCUAAUUUCUUAUUGGUAUUCCACAGAUUUUCGCAAAAGUAGGCAACAGUUAGAAAUUCUCCAACAAUAGACUACCUGUUGGUUUGUAUCUCUGCAAAUAUGCGAUAGAUAUGAAAGAGUGAACUGUACGCCUUUCCCCCAGUUAAUGGCUAUAAGAUCAAAUCUAUUUUUCUGCGUAUACUCCGAUAUUGUGUGUGGCAUUUAAUGUUAUUUUGUUCCUAAUAUUCUUCAUUAAGAAAAUUCCUUUUGACACUAGGAUUGUUAUGGUCGACAAAUCUGGAUCUCUUCCAUCACUGGAAAUUUUGUGGUUGGAACCCAAUAAUAGUUUUUUUUUUUUGCUUAUUUCGGUACUGAGAAUUUUCUAAUUAAUUUUUUUAAUUUUCGUACCAGGAGUCAGAACCAAAUACAGGUGAUGGGUAUUAUUCUUUUGAAGAUAGCUUUCAAAGUAUUUUAUAUACGAGGUUGUUGGAAACAUCUGAAGAAGUAUCUAUUACGGGUUACAGCUGGGGCUUCUCAAAAUGGGAAUGUCGCAUACCAUUCUCAGAAUGGAGAUGCUCAUGCAGAUUCCAGGGGAACAACUCAGCCUAUGUCAAGAAUGCCCAUUCAACAGGCUCCUACUUCUGGAAGCGUAGCCCCCCCCACAAACUUAAAUAUAGGGAUGGGCUAUUGGGGUGUGCCUACACAAUCCCAAAUUGCCCCUGCACGUGGGACUGCUCCUAAUGCUUCAGUUGGAGGAAUGCUUCCAUCUGGGCAGAACAUUCCAUCAGAACUUUGGUUGCAGGUUUUCCUCUUUGAACUUUUAGAUCUCUAUAUAUUAUUGCUAUUGUAAUCGUUUCAGUGAUACAUGGGGACGACCUGUCCCUUUGUUUUGCUUUCUUUUUAUAGUUGAUGAUUGAUUGUCCCCCCCGUCCCCCCCCUUCCUUCUUUUCAAUGAAUGAGAUAAAACUGUUCUCGAACAAGAGCAGGAGACUCUAGAUACGGUCUGGAUUACCAAUUGCUACAUUUUAACUCGGUAUAUUCCUUCUUUGAAUCUAGUUCUCUUGUUGCCAUAAGCAAUAUGAUUUUUAAUAUUCUUCUAGCUACAAAAUUUUCUAGAAUUUAUAGUGCUGCCACAUUUAUUAAGCAUGAAAAUUUUGGAUACAUUCAUUUAAAAAGAGGAUGGCGUAUUUAUUAACGAAGGAGAAAUGAUGUGCUGGCAUGUAGGAUAUUUACAUAUAUCAGAUAUUAUAAAAUUCCAAAAAAAAUAUAAUUUUAUACUGGUUUCCAAGAAUUAUGAUGUCGUAAUAUACUAUGCAGCCUUCUUUUAUCUGUUGAAGUCCACCCACAGAAAAAAUUGUGUCGGUUCAAUUGCAGUCAGUUAAUUGUUAUGAACAUAAUGGACUGAAUUAAAUAUCGUUUAUUAUGAAGAGACCUAAUAUUUAUCUUGGAUACUGCAAAUGAUCAUGUUGAUUUGUGAUCGUUAAUGGCCAUCCCAAUAUUUUCUCCAACUUUUUCUUUCCCAGUACAUUUUGCUAAGAUAAUGUCUGAUAACCCUUAGAGCUAUAUAUCCUUUAGUUGACAGUUGGAACUGUUCUAAGAGUUUGAUAAACAUACCUCUUUAAGAGAUAACCUAUGCACCUUCUUAAUCUCUUAAAGAAUGUUGCCUGCGAGAAAAAAAUGCUCAUUCUCGUAUCUUAAUUUCUCUCCUUGACUGAUGACGUUGACUCUCUCUUCUGCUAUUCUUUCCCUGAUCUCUGGUUUCCUAGACUCAUAUUUUUUUUCUGGUGUAAUAUCCUGCUAACCCUUCAACUUAUCAUUGACUUCCUUCUCCUUCUGCACUCUUUGUUGACCUUUCCUCCCUUUCUUUUCUUCUGUUCAUGUAGUGCAAGGGGUCCAUUAUCCAUAAGUGUGCUUGGCACCAGGAACAUGGAUCUCACAUUCGUGAUUUAAGACAUUAGCCUUACAAAUUUGAUCCAAAAUCUUAAGGUUUUCUACUGUGCUUCACACCUUAUUCUUUUAGAUGGUCCUUUUUUUAGCCUUCUACAGUGAUAGCAACAUCAUCGACAAUGACAAUCAAGAAGACCAAGAAGGAAAAAAAACAAAAACAAAACAAGUAUGAAACUAUAAAUAGAUCCGGAACAGGUAGCCCAAAUAUGCCAAUUGAAGCCUUCUUAAACCUGCACGGCUAGCCAUUUGAGAAACCCAAUUGGAGUAACUCAGUCCCUUUUGGGAGUAGGCGCCAAUUCUGAUUACAUUGGUGGAAAAAGCACCGACACAUCUCAACUAAAUGCCUCGGUUGUGGCAAUAAUCACAGUUAGAUUGUAGAUGGCCCUUUUAAUGAAACUUUAAUUCUACUAUCCUUCUCCAGUGUUUAUUUGCUCACAAUAAACUAGCGUUGAAAAAUUAAAAUAUAGCACCAAAGUUUUUUUCUCUUUUUUUUCUCAUAAUAUAUGAAGAGACAUUGUGAAGGCAGCAGAAACGAAUCCAAUGAACAUACUGCAAUCAUAAUUUGCAUGCCUUAAUCAGUAUCAGACAACACGUAUAUCAAUUUCCUGAUUUGUUGUUACUGUCAUGUUUAGGAAAAAGAAAUUCACGGCAUUUAAUUUCCCAGCGGCUAAUUCAUUGCUAUUAGUCGAUAUCAGAAGUGGUGAAUGGUCAUUUAUAAUCAUUUUUUUAUAUUUAAAGAAAAGUAAAAAAAUUCUACUUGCUGAUGACAAAAAGUUUAUCUAAAAUUUAGCUUUUUAUUCUUCCAAGAGCAGCUACAGCUAAAUACUUAACUUGAAUUUUGUUGUCGGUGAUAUUAACCAUGCUGAAUAUUGUCCAACUCAGGAUGACAAAGAAGUUAAAAGACACAGAAGAAAACAAUCCAACAGGGAAUCAGCUCGUCGAUCUAGGUUGCGCAAGCAGGUAUAUUGCUUUCAACAUCUCACCCUUAGCUUUCUUUUCAUCGUGGAGUGGAAUGAGACUGUGAAGUAUGGUCUCCUUCAACACAGUGGUACGUAUUAGGCAUCCUGAGACUCAAGUUCCUCUUCUGGUGGGUGACAUGCUGUGUUUGCCUUGGCUUUCAACCCAUUGUUGUUUGCGACAUAACUUAGUGUUUUUCCGACUAGUUGGGUCCCCAGGAGAUGGCUGUAUUCAGGGGAGUUUUCCCAAACCCUCAAAAUAACAGUGGUCUCUCUCUCUCUCUCUCUCUCUCUCUCUCUCUCUCUCUCCCUCUAUCUCUAUGUCUCUGUCUAUCUAUCUGUCUGUCUGUCUGUCUCUGUCUCUCUCUCUCUCUCUUUCUAUCUAUCUAUCUAUCUCUCUCAUGGUUGAUUUCUGUGACCUGCAGGCAGAAUAUGAAGAAUUAGCUCAGUGUGCUGACUCUUUCAUACAAGAAAACAAUGUUCUUAGAGAGGAGGCAAAGCGUCUGCACAAGGAGUACGAUCAACUCCUUUCUCAGAACUAUUCUCUCAAGGUACACCUGUUCUUUCUGCAUUGAAUAUUUGGCGUAAAAAUGUGCAACAUACAUGCAUAAAUCGAUAUGUGGUUUCAGGAGAAAGCUCGGGAGACGCCCAAGGGAACCAAAGACUCCAGACUUGAUAAGAAUGAGAAGCACCCUUUGGAUUCCAACCCGUGA